GAUAAUGCGGUUGUGAAGCAACACCUCGUCGAGGGUGUAUCACCAUACUUGUGAAUUUCUUUAGAACGCGCGAAAAGUGUGUUGUGUGUAAAAUGGCCAGCGAAGCACAGAAGAUCAUAGGAUUAUCAUUGACGAAAAUUGCACAGGGCAGGAUGCAUCGAAGUGGUGUAAAUCUACAUAAAAGUUUACUUGUUGCUACAGUGUUACAGAAGGCUAGAUACAUUUUCAUGGAAGAAGCUUAUAGUAUGGUACACUACCAACUACCUACACCUGUUCAGGCUAGACCUGUACCUAAAGAAGAUCUAACAGACACAACUAAAGAAACAGAUUCUGAAACGACGUCUGGGCCAUGUGUUUUUGCCUUGUAGAAUCCAGGUAUAAUAGGGAUCUUGAAGUGUAGCUUAGGUUCUUGAAAUCAGAUUUAUAUCCGUGGAUAUGGGUUAUUCUCGCCUUUGGAUAUUCCACUAUUGAAAAACGAC